AUGAGGAUGAUGAAAGCUCAAUCAGACUUGUGGGAAACUGAAAGAAAAUGGGUUCUAAAUGAAGAAGAAACAGAAAAGAUUGGAAGAGUAGGGGAAUUUUUGCAAGAUCAUCUGCUGAACGUUCUGGGCAUUUAUAAUUGGCUCUUCUCCCUCUUGAAAAUGGAAAUUGUCAUGUUUGAAGAUCAUCUGCUGAACGUUCUGGGCAUUUAUAAUUGGCUUUUCUCCCUCUUGAAAAUGGAAAUUGUCAUGUUUGAAGGUUUGGAAGUCUCUCCCUUGUUAAGCUCACUCCAUCUUACGGUGGCUCUAGAUUUGGGCGCUAUCCGUUCUGUCGAUUCGCUCACAUGCUGUGAUGAUCCUACUGUAGACAAAUGCUGUUCUACGCUAGCAACCAUUCUGAGCGAAGUUUCUGAAAUCCGGAACGAUGCAUCCGAGAAGAAGAAUGUGUUACCAGGUGCUUUUGAGUGUAAGCUUUUUCGGGCUUGGUCCGGGCUCGGAGAAUUAUUAGCAAUCCUUCUCCAAACUGACAAAAUUAUCGAAAGUCGACCGGCUAUUAAAAAUGACUGGAACAUCUAUUGCCGGGCUAUGGGUACUGCUCAACACAAUCCGGCUCAGUUCGGAGUAACUGCCGAUGCGCUUCGCUCUCUUAUCACCGCCAUAGCCACGGUUGAAGCGCAAGUCAUGGCUGGAAAUGGACUUCGGAAUUGUUACGAACAAAGCUACGGGGAGAUUGAUGACGAUAAACAGUUUGCAUCAAGAAUGCGCUCCGUGAUUAUUGAAAUGUACAAUCAAUGGGAAAAAGCUGCUGAUGGAGAUGUGCCUGACAAGCAUCGCCUAAUGGUGAUCGUAUCGCUAUUCGUCUUCUUUCAUCUACAUUUUCCUACCAAAGAUACUAAACUACCGAAGUUGAUCUGGAAAAGCCACAGAAAGAUUGUAGCCUUUCAUCUCGUUGGUGACAUUCUGUGGAUUCCUUGUGAAUUUCUUAUGCGCGAGAUGCCUUCCAUAGUAAACGCUGUAGAUAAAAAGAGCGUACGAUUUAUACAACAUCUGAGAGAGACUUUCUACGUAGAGCACUGCGAUGGUAUGCUUGAAGAAGCUGUUUCUCAAAUAGCAGCAGCUGAGGAUUGGCGACUCAAGGUUUGUGGUUUGACUUGA